AUGUCCUUGACAAAAUCGAACAAUGGAGACAAACAACUAAUUCAAAAAGAAGAUAAAUACACUUUAGGAGAAAUUAAACCCAUUGCUAUUGAGGAAGAUGAUUAUAUUGAAGGCUUAAACUCAAUAAUUCAAAAAACCUAUUAUCCAGACCUUUCUCGUUUGAAAGCCCAUUCAGAAGGAUUUACAUAUGAAUUUGAAGAUGAUAUUAUCCAAGAGAAAAACGACGCAGUUCACGAACAGCUGGCAUUACUCCCGAAAAAUGAUCAUCUUGUGCAGAAGCUAAAGCGUAGUACUCAGGGAGUAACGCUUGCUGAUUAUCAGAAGAAGUUCACUUCUGAAGACAAUGCCUCCUUUUCUGAACUGUUUCAUAAUGAAAAGAGUGUCAGGAAAGUCUUACUGCAAAGGCGCUAUGCUGUCGACGCAGAUUCCUCCUCUGCAACAAACAUUCAACCAAGCAAGGCAAUUGCAUGGAAGGAGAGGCCCAAUACUAUUCAUACUUGGAAUUUCCAACCGAGAAAUUCGUUAAUGUUUUAUCCUCAAACCUCAGAACCGUCUGCUUUAACCAGAGCAAGAGGUCAGCAUCAAAAAAUCGAUAGCUCAUCAACCCGGCUUGAUGACGAGUUUAUAAAGAAAUCGAAUCAGCCCAGCCAGGAUCCUUUACCGGAACCUGCAAUUAACAGGCAUGAAGCCUCAAUUAACGGAUAUCCCUUGGUUGGUUCAAAUUAUGGGGUGACCUCUCGAAAAUCAUCGACAAAUUUCUAUAUUCCUGAGACGUCUCGAAGAGAAAAACUGCAUGAUCUCCGUUUACAUAGCUUAAAGUCUCAGAAUAAUUCGCCUUCUACUCCUGGUUACUCCGUUGUCUCUUCUACGGCUGAACAAGCAUCGGCAACCUCAGGGAAGCUUCCUUCUAGACUUUCUACUUUGACUCCAGCAGCUAAACGUCUUGUAGCGCAGUCAUAUUUGACGGCUUCUACUAGGGACUCCCCAAUGCGUCGUCGCUUGACGGCUACUUCAGUACCAAAGUUUUCUUGGACACCUACACCUCGUACUAAAAACCCUGCCACUCCUAAACGAGUCUAA